AUGUUGUUAGACGGUUUCAGUCUAGAAAUUUUGGUGAAUAACCAACCGUUACCGGAAGUUACUGAAAAAGUUGACAUACAAAAGAAAUUAAUUACAGGUCCUUCUUAUACUUGCAAUGAAAUUUCUGAAAUACAGCAAAAAAGUUCAGUUACACACUUUGCAGCUGUUCACGAAUUUGGAGAAAGAUAUUCUAUACGAUUUUCCGCGCCAUCGUGGAGAUGUACCCAUGGUUCCCCAAUAAAAGUAUUUUUAUAUGUAGAUGGGGAGUAUGAUUACUCUUACACUGAUAUCAAUCCCACUAAACUUUCUGAUACGCGAACAUGCUUUUGGAGCAAAAAUCGGGACAAGAUUUAUUUCUUCAAAUUCGAUCCUACCAUUUGGAAAGGAGAGGCUGGCGACUCCGAUCCUACUAAAACUUAUUCAUUCGGUGGGCCAGGUGCUGUAUCUGUAUACUUUUAUCGUGCCAAGCGUAUUCCAUGGAAUGUGAAUCCGCCACCUGAUUAUGACGUUGAGCCAGCUGCUAUUCCGGAGAGCAAGGACACAAGAUCAAUAAAGAUUGCAACACAGUAUGAUGUUCAAUCUGUACCAAAUCCAUCAAUUACAAGAUUUGAUACUUAUUUGCAAGAACAAGGAGCUCCUUUGGCAGUUUUACACUUACACUAUCGUCCAGCUGCGUUUUUGGGUGCUCGUGGACAUAACAUUAUUAACCCGCGUUCAUGGAACCCACCUUCUUUACAGAAUGGAAGAAAUUAUAUAUCAACACAUAGUUAUAACGAUAAUCAAGUGCUCGAUGUUAAGAUUAAAGAAGAACCAAUUAUUAUCAAAGAGGAGCCGGAAGAUAGGGGACCUACAACGGGAAAAAGAAGAAACCGCGGUCCCGUGGAAAUAAUCGUUUUGAGUAGUGACAGUGAUGAUGAUGAUUCACAUAAGGUUAAAAAAUUAUGUCCUUAG